UUUUUUUUCUUCCCCUGCCUAAACUCCUCUGUCAGCCUGUAAACAUUACCUGAGAAUUCCCCAGCCGAAACGGCUGCUGGGGCACGAAAGUUCUUGUUAGAACUUUCCACCUCCGGCUUCCCCUCCACCCCUCUUACUGUCCCAACCUUCUGAGACGCUUUUUCUCCUCCCGAGGAUUUAUCUCACCCACCCACCCACACCCCACACCCCCCGCCCUUUUUCUCACCCGGUGCUUGCUUUGCAUUUGGGAAGAGGUGAUUUCAAGAGUGGCCAGGUGGGACGCCUCUCUGCCCCUUAUUCGGUGUAUUUAUUAUUGUUUGGGGGUGUUUUCUUUUUUAAGUCCUGUUUUGUGCGGUCCGGGGAGUUUCGCCCCCCCACCCCUGCCCGGCUCCGCGGCGCGGAGGAUGGUGUGGAAAUGGCUGGGCGCGCUGGUGGUGUUCCCUCUGCAGAUGAUCUAUCUGGUGGUGAAGGCUGCCGUCGGACUGGUGCUGCCCGCCAAGCUGCGGGACCUGUCUCGGGAGAACGUCCUUAUCACCGGCGGCGGGAGAGGCAUCGGGCGCCAGCUCGCUCGCGAGUUCGCGGAACGCGGCGCCAGAAAGAUCGUUCUGUGGGGCCGGACUGAGAAAUGCCUGAAGGAGACGACGGAGGAGAUUCGGCAGAUGGGCACCGAGUGCCACUACUUCAUCUGCGAUGUGGGCAACCGGGAGGAGGUGUACCAGACGGCCAAAGCUGUCCGGGAGAAGGUGGGCGACAUCACCAUCCUGGUGAACAACGCCGCCGUGGUCCAUGGGAAGAGCCUGAUGGACAGCGACGAUGACGCCCUCCUCAAGUCCCAGCACAUCAACACCCUGGGCCAGUUCUGGACCACCAAGGCCUUCUUGCCACGGAUGCUGGAGCUGCAGAACGGCCAUAUCGUGUGUCUCAACUCCGUGCUGGCGCUCUCUGCCAUCCCCGGUGCCAUCGACUACUGCACGUCCAAAGCCUCAGCCUUCGCCUUCAUGGAGAGCCUGACCCUGGGGCUGCUGGACUGUCCGGGCGUCAGUGCCACCACCGUGCUGCCCUUCCACACCAGUACCGAGAUGUUCCAGGGCAUGAGGGUCAGGUUCCCCAACCUCUUCCCGCCCCUGAAGCCGGAGACCGUGGCCCGGAGGACGGUGGAAGCCGUGCAGCUCAAUCAGGCCCUCCUCCUGCUCCCGUGGACAAUGCACGCCCUCAUUAUCUUGAAAAGCAUACUCCCACAGGCUGCCCUCGAGGAGAUCCACAAAUUCUCAGGAACCUACACCUGCAUGAACACUUUCAAAGGGCGAACAUAAAGGCAGGACGCAGAGACAGGCUCAAAAGCCACAGAACCUGAGGGGGCGUGGGCACCUGGGCACACGCCCAUGUGCCUGUCCCUUGACACACUUCUGCUGGAUGAGCAGGACUGCUCCUCUCCUGGGGAGGAAUCUGGCUGCGACCCCCCAGGCCAGCCCCAGGACCUUUGCACAGGACUGAUGGGUGUAACUCUGACCCCCGUGGGGAGGCAAGAAACCAGCCAGCAGCUGCCUUGACACUUUUGUACAUUUCUGAUUCUGUAGAGUUUAUUGUUAAAUUGCUUCUCAAGUCUAACCAGCCUCGGCAAUGUGCAUAGACUAUUUCCGGGAGGGUCUGUGCCCACACGCUCCUCCUUCCCCUCCAAAAUCCAUUCAUCCUCAGCUUGUGCAAACUGGUUGAACGGCAGGAAUACAAAAUAAAGAGAGAUGGCUUUUGCGA